GCUAGCUAGCUAGCUAGCAAGCAACCCAAACACUUCCUCAAUAUAUAUGAUUAGAAGUACUCCUUGUGAUUGAUGUACGGUAUGCUAUGAUGGUGCUAUCAUGAAGAGGUGUACCUUUACUGUUGUUCGAAAACUCAAAGUAAAGAAGCGACGAAGGUCAUGUGGGUGGUAUUCUCGUGCCAAGUCCCUCAUGGCAGCGGCGCUGUUUGUUCUACCAGUUGUAUCUUUCUUGUUAUCAGCGAUGCUAGUACCAAUACAGAACGAACCAAGUGCCAGUCGAGCAUCACGUCCUCGUCAUUUCAAGAUUCUCGAUAGCAACAAGAGGAAGGAGCAACGGCCUCUCCAACUAGCCAGGCUGUCAAAACCAUUGAGAUGGUACCGUGAGAACUGGUAUCAUCCAGAGGAAUCGUUAUCAUCAUCAUCAUCAUCACCACCGUCGCACACGACGAGCCUCCCGGAAUGGAUGAAGCGAUACUUUGCUUGGCACCACCGACAGCUGCAAUCCUUGGAGAUCACAACCGGAGGCAGCAAUGAACAAAAAAGAUACCUCAUCUUACAAUGCCUCCAUCAAGACAGGCAAUGUGGUGGACUCGCAGACCGACUCUUGGCAUUGCCCUUCUUGAUACUCUUGGCGGCUCAAACGCAACGGAUACUACUCAUUGUUUGGACUGUACCCUUUCCUUUGGAAGAAUUUCUCAUGCCACCAGCCAACGGGUUAGAUUGGAUGCUGCCACCACUACUGAACACCACUUUUGGUAUCCACACCCAACACGUUCCGACAGAAAAAUCCAUCCUGUCGGCACCUUCGAUCGUCGACAAGACGGUCUUUGUCCGCGUGAGCACAUUGGUUCCCGCAGCACACAAUACCAGUAUCCCUGUGGUUCGAGCUAGGAUUCAAGAUUAUAAAACUGCCUGGGAUUAUUACGAUCAAUAUCAUCAGCAACAGCAUCAACCACAACACCAAGCUAGUGGAAACCAUGGGCAUGGUAUAGCUUCUCUUGACUAUCGCGACAUCUUUUGGUCCUUGUUUGAACCAUCCCCACCCUUGGCCAGGGCGAUUGGAGAACUUCGUGUGGAUCAACAACCCUACGUGGUGGCACACUACAGGGCCAUGUACAAUGCUGACAAUCAUCUUUCAUCCACUUUUCUGGAGCUAGCCAGCGAGAACGCAGUUUUCUGUGCCUCGGAGCUUUCGCCGGGAGCACCGGUUGUCUUUCUCUCGGAUUCGAUGGAGGCGCGACAACACAUUCAGGAGUUCCGGAAACGAGUUGGCAGCAAGAAGAUGGCGCUCAUCGUGCCUUCGCCAUGGUCUACCAAGAAGAAUCGAUCUUUGGAACUAUCCAACACGUCCUCGGUUUCAUCAGGCAGCAACAUCAUGACAAAACGUCCAUCCCUGUUGCAUCUGGACAAGGCAACGAGGAGCACUAGUGUGAAUCAGCGCCAACAAAGCAGUGAUUAUCAACCAGUCGACUUUUAUGAUACGUUCUUAGACCUCUUUCUCAUGGCCCAUGCGCAGUGUAUCUCGUACGGCCAGGGGGGAUUCGGCAAAAUGGGGAGUCUCUUGAGCCAGGAUCCAUCGUGUGCCAAGCGACAUUUUGAAAAUGGGUCUGUGGUCCGUUGUACAAGCGAAAUAGGUACGGGUGGCUUUCGCGCCACCAGUACCGUAGCUACCGGUAGCUAGCCAGCUCUACUAGCUCACACCUACGGUACUCGUGCUACAGUACGCUUUUUGUACAGUUCCCAAGUUCCCAUACUGUACUGUACUGUACACUCAUUACAGUCUUGAGAAACGAAUCGAAUCUUCAAUCAAACGUAAGUGCCAGUCGAUAACGCCAAUAAUCCUGCUUGCAAUACGUCCAGAAGAAUUUGUAUGAUGUUUCUUGUUUUCUAUUUCGUUUCGGUACUUUUUAAAAUUUUCCUGGCGUACUUGCAACUCUUGUGUUGGUAGUGGUAUUACUGGUACGGUACCGGUACAUGUACUAGUCUAGCCAGACAAAUUUUAAUCUUUGUUUCAAUUAAGUCAAUUUGUUUCUGUCAAAAUACAUUACAUGUAUCCUAUUCUAACUCACGUCAUCACAUCAAAGCGGCAACGAAGAACACAAGAACGAACAAAGAAGGUUGAAAAAAGAAGCAUCGAUUAAACAGGAGGAUUCUGUUUCCGGC